CAGGAAGCGGAAGCCAGGGCCACCCUUCACUGCAGACGAGCACUGAGCUCACUUCUCGCUCAACACAGCUAGAGCUGGAGGUGGGUGCCCGGCGCGGAGGGGCCUGUGGACCAAUGGCUCUGCCCUGCACCCUAGGGCUCGGGAUGCUGCUGGCCCUGCCAGGGGCCUUGGGCUCGGGUGGCAGUGCGGAGGACAGCGUGGGCUCCAGCUCUGUCACCGUUGUCCUGCUGCUGCUGCUGCUCUUGCUGCUGGUCACUGGCCUGGCACUGGCCUGGCGCCGCCUCAGCCGUGACUCGGGGGGCUACUACCACCCAGCCCGCCUGGGUGCCGCGCUGUGGGGCCGCACACGGCGCUUGCUGUGGGCCAGCCCCCCGGGCCGCUGGCUGCAGGCCCGAGCUGAGCUGGGGUCCCCAGACAAUGACCUUGAGCGACAGGAGGAUGAGCAAGACGCAGACUAUGACCACGUCACGGAUGGUGGCCUGCAGGCUGACCCCGGGGAAGGCGAGCAGCUAUGUGGAGAGGCGUCCAGCCCAGAGCAAGUCCCUGUGCGGGCUGAGGAAGCCAGAGACAGUGACACGGAGGGUGACCUGGUCCUUGGCUCCCCAGGAGCAGCAAGCGCAGGGGGCAGUGCUGAGGCCCUGCUAAGUGACCUGCAUGCCUUUGCUGGCAGUGCGGCCUGGGACGACAGCGCCAGGGCAGCUGGGGGCCAGGGCCUCCAUGUCACCGCACUGUAGCGGCUGGUCUUGGUAUCCCAUCUCUGCCACGGCCACUCACUCCCUGUGCCUCUGCUUCCCAAGAUGCCAUGGCUGGAUUGGACCCCCACCCCACAUGACCACACCUCAGACUGUCACCCCCCACCAGUUCCCAAGUCCACGUGUACCCCCCUCACCACGGGAAGGGCCCCACCCCCACUGCCACAGGCAUCAGGCAACCGUUUGAAAUAAAACUCCUCCAGCCUGUGA